AUGGCUUACGGUGGUCCGUCGAUGAAUCCUCCGGCUAUGAGUGGUGCGGUUCCCGGGUCUGGUAAUAUUAAGCAGGUGAAAUUGGAGAGAGAAAGUGAGCUCAGGAUCGAAGUCUCUGAAGAACCUCUCAGUCUCCGUGUGGUGAAUGGGACUGCUGAGAUUUUCGGCUCUGAAUUGCCUCCUGGAAACUCCCUUACCUUCCCUCCUCACCUGAAAUUUGCGGUUUUCACCUGGUAUGGAGCAACGAUUGAGAUAGAUGGUGUCACGGAAACUGACUAUACAGCAGAUGAGACACCGAUGGUCAGCUACAUUAAUGUGCAUGCCAUACUAGAUGCAAGGAGACGUUUAGCCAAAGCUUCCUCAUCUGAUGACCCAGAAUCUUCUCAGGGACCUCGGGUUAUUGUAGUAGGGCCUACGGAUUCCGGGAAGAGCACAUUGACAAAGAUGCUUCUUAGUUGGGCAGCCAAACAGGGAUGGAAACCUACAUUUGUAGACCUUGAUGUUGGCCAAGGCUCGAUCACAAUACCAGGAUCUAUUGCUGCUACUCCUAUAGAAAUGCCACUGGAUCCAGUUGAAGGUUUUCCUCUAGAUAUGGCCCUCGUGUACUACUACGGCCACGCAGCACCGGGUAAUAACGUUGAACUGUACAAAGCUCUGGUGAAAGAGCUUGCUCAAGUACUGGAGAGACAGUUUGUUGGAAAUCCCGAAUCUAGAGCUGCUGGAAUGGUGAUCAACACAAUGGGAUGGAUCGAUGGUGUUGGUUAUGAGCUGCUUCUCCACGCAAUCGAUACAUUCAACGCCUCGGUUGUACUUGUAUUGGGUCAGGAAAAACUCUUCAGCAUGCUUAAAGAUGUGCUUAAAAGUAAGAGUAACGUUGACGUCGUGAAACUUCACAAAUCAGGUGGAGUUGUAGCCAGGACCAGUAAAGUCCGUCAAAGAGCAAGGAAUUAUAGAAUUCAUGAAUACUUCUAUGGUCUAUCAAAAGAGCUCUCACCAUACGCCAAUACAACCAGUUUCAAUGACCUGCAAGUGUUCCGCAUUGGCGGUGGACCACAAGCUCCAAAAUCAGCUCUUCCUAUCGGGUCUGACCCGGUAUCUAAUCCUUUGAGGGUAACGCCUGUAAAUAUGGAUGAUCGGGAUCUGCUGCAUUCUGUUCUCGCUGUCUCAUAUGCAGAAGAACCAGACCAGAUUGUCUCAAGCAAUGUUUCCGGGUUUGUGUAUGUGACGGAAGUUGAUGUGGCGAGGAAGAAGAUAACGUUUUUAGCACCAUCGCCUGGGAUAUUACCCAGCAAGAUCUUGGUCGCUGGAUCUUUGUCAUGGCUCGAGUCAUUAGAAGCAAGAAGAUGA